AUGGACGAGUCUACUGAUACAGAGCCCUUCCCGGUCCUCGCGAGGCCUGGAUCACCCUCACCCGACAUCCUCCCCACGCCCGCUAUCUCGUCUUGCCCGUCUCCAGAUCGCACCUUUUCCACCGUUUCGUCGCAUUCGGCCUAUUCGGCCUCGUCUGCUACCUCCGCCGUCUCCGUCGGAUCCAGGAGACGCGGGUAUAUCCGUCCCCAGGGAGCCGAAUUCGCCGACUCCGCCAAACACCGCGAGAGUGUCAUGAGCUUGGGCAGUAUCGCUCACUUGCAGUAUUAUUUCGCUCGAACUGGAUUGCUGGAUGGCAAAGGUGGACAAGCGCGCGAAUUCAAAAAGAAGAAGAAGUCGCCCGAUGAUACGCCCAAGUUGUUGUUGACGCCCAAUGCCCGAUAUAUUCCUGAUGAUUUGUCGGAGAGUCCCACCGACGACGAAUCUUUCGAACCGACCGAGGAUGGUUUCGACGACGAUGGCGAAGUCAUGCUCCCGCCAACCGUGAGCACAUAUAGUAUCAAAACCUACCAUAUCCCGCCCCCACCCGAUCUACCAGCCUUGCGGAAAGAUCUCCUGGAUGCGGUGCAAAGGGCAGAGAGAGAGAUUGAAGAUAUUGGGUCGCAGAAAAAACCUCCUCCCGGUUUCAACCCUCCACGGAUCAGUCUCUCCCCCGAUGUAGACUCAGAGGAUGAAUCACGCCAGGAGCCUCCGUUUCCAAGACCACAAGCGUGGCAUGAAAUUCAAGGAAUGCGCAUCUUGGAUGUGGUCACUCUUGCGAUCCGGGCCGCUAGGAUUUACUAUACCGCCCACGAGCGCCCAGAACUACUAGCAACGGUCAAGAGCGAACGAGAAAUUCGACAAGCGCUGUUCCAUGUUCUCGAGCUUCUCAAGCGUUGGGCCUCUCGCAACUUCUCCGGUGGACUGCGCGAGGACGAGCGUACAGCAAUCAUGGGUUGGAUGUCUGAUGUCCGCACCAUGCUGGCCCGAGAGCGUGAGCUAGAAGACGCGGAAACCAAAGAACGUGAAGGCUGGACUUGGGCUCAUGGCGACUGGACCGGUAGGGAAGGGGAGCGCGAAGAAGCCUUCCUCCGCAGUUUGAUGGGCACGGACACUCCGUUGCCGACUUGGACUUCGACCGACGGCGCCUCCCUCCCGACACCCUUGUUGGAACGACUCCGCGACGGACGUGACCUCGUCCGCAUGCACAACCGGGCCAUCAAGAAAUCGAAACGUCCUUUCUGCGAGAUUAAGUCUUAUCACCAAGACAUUGGCAAGCCGUACCGCUGUGCCGAGAACCUGCGCUUCUGGCUCAAGGCAGCAGAAAUCCGAUUCGAGACGAAGUUGGAAAUGGACGUCAUGGGCGUCGUGUACGGCAGCAGUGACGAAGCAUGGAAACAAUUCAACUCGACCCUGCUUUCAUGGUGCAAAGUCGUCCGGGAGGAACUGACGCGCGACUGGUGGCCACCAUCAGGCGAGAACGUUACCACUACGGUAUAUCCGAACUAA